AUGUCUUCAUCAUUGUCUCAUUCAACCUCCAAAGAAUUAGAAUCGGAACAUGAUUUACUUCAGGUACCCUUUGAAAUGCUAAACUUUGAGUUUAGAUCAUCACAAAAAUCGGUUGAGAAGGAUUUAUCAAUAUUAGAAAAGGCCAUGAAGGAAAUGCUUCAAAAGGCUUCAAAACAAAACCUCUCCAUUCAAGAUCAAACUAAUUUUCUCGAUAAGGUUGUAACCAAGUUGAGAGGAGUUAAGAGAAAGUUGGAAGAAACCAACAUUGAAGAAACACAAUUAUUGAAUACGUGCAAGGAUCGUAUCGAUCACCUCAAUGAAUAUCCACUCAUUGAUGGAGCCAUAUCAAGAAGAAAGUCUACCUCCAAUAUUGAUGAUAAUCAGUAUCGUACUCUUUCCAAUUGGAGAAGGGUGAGAGUGAGUAGAGUGUUGGUAGAUUAUCUUCUUCGAUUUGGACAUUAUGAAACUGCUCUAGCCUUGGCUGAUUCGGAAAAGAUUAAGCACUUGGUAAAUACUCAAGUGUUUAUUCAAAUUAGAGGAAUUAUUGAGGGUUUGAAAAAUAAUGAUUGUGGUCCAGCUCUUAAGUGGUGCUCGGAGAACAGAUCAAGAUUGAGAAAGAUAUCAAGCAAUAUAGAGUUUGAUCUUAGAGUUCAGGAAUUUAUUGAAUUAUCAAAGCAAGAUAAGAAAAUGGAAGCUGUUAUUCAUGCAAGAAAAUACCUAACUAAUCCUAUUGUAGAUAAGGGUAAUUCAUCAGCAGCAACAACAACAAAUGAAGACGAUAACUCUUGUAAAAUAACACCUGAACAAACUAAUACUGUAAAGAAAAUUAUGGCUGCUCUUGCAUUUGGACCAAAAACUCUAAUGGCAGGAUAUAAGGAAUUGUACGAUGAUAAGAGAUGGGAUGAAUUGGUGGAAGAGUUCAAUAAGGAGAAUUACAAACUUUAUGGAAUGACUGAGGAGGCCACCCUUUUCAAACUUCUUAAAGCUGGACUUUCUGCACUCAAGACCCCUUAUUCAUACGAUGAGAAUUCGAUCAAUGUUAACGACCCACUGUCACAUCCACUAUUCAAAGAGCUUGCAAAGGAUUUACCAUUCGCUCACCAUCACCACUCCAAACUUGUUUGUUCAAUUUGUGGAGAUAUAAUGGAUCACUUAAAUCCGCCUCUUGUAUUCCCAAAUGGAAAUGUAUACAGUCAAAAAGGAGUGGCAGAAAAUAUGGCAAAGAAUAAUGGAACAUUUGUUGAUCCAAGAGAUGGAAAAUCAUUCCAAGAAGAGGACGGCAAGAAGUUGUUCAUCAUGUAA